AUGGCAUGUGUACUGCUCGUAUACACCCGCUCAUCCAUUCACUCCGCUCGAGACCAAGCAAACCCCUUGACAGAGAUCCUCGAAACUACCAGGGAAUGGAGAACAUGCACCAAGACGUGGUUCAUCAUGAAUGUGGAGCAGAGUAACUUGUAG